UGCAAACGUUUCUUAAAUUGAACGGAAAAAUACUAGAAAAUGUUGCAAUUAAAGAUGGCAAUAGAAUACUCAAGGUGUUAAAUCAAGUAUUACCAAAAUAUUUGGAUACACUUAAUUUCGCAAGAGUUCACUUUUUUGACGAUGAGGUUGAUAACGAUGAUAUUUUGGAUCUGUUAAUGGACACAAUUGGACCCAAACUCUUGAAUUGA